AGCCCAUUUUUCGCAACUUAAAAGAACUGCUCAAAUCCCAAUUUUGUUUGCAUACAGCAGAGUCUACAGUUCAUAUCAUGUGCCCACGUUUAAGGGGAGUCGCUUUCUCCGCCACAGGAUAUAGGGUCAAAAUAAUCUGAAUCAGCACUGUCAACAAAUUCAAAAAACAAGGAAAACACUAAAAAUGAUUAUUUUAUAGGAAAAAAAAAGAAAUUUUUUACUCAAUUUUGUAGAUUGUGAGAUUAGAUAUAAUAUAUUCCCAGAAUUUUUUUUGUAUAGAUAUAAUCCGUAGGCUUCUUCAGGUGUUUUUUUCAUACAAGUUUGUUAAAAAGAGAAAAAUGGGGUUAUUUUUUUCUUUAUAUAUUGAGAAUGAGAUGCUCAUGAUCAAGAUCAAGACUUUUAUCGUUUUAUUGGUUACUUGACGAAGAACCGCUUUCUGGGUAGUAGGCCGCUGGUGGCUUUUCGUUUCAUUUGGCUUUUACCAACCCUUUUUUCUUUAUAACGGUCUGUUUGCGUACGUGGCAAGAAUCUAUUAGCGAGCUGCGUAAUUCAUGAAGAGAUUGAUCACUGAUUGAUUGAUGAUGACGUUGUUGAUUGGCAAUUUGAGGUAAAACGAUUUUAUAUAUAUAAAUACACACCUGAAUUGCAUAUAAAUUUGUUGUUUUUAUCUGUGGGGAAGGGAAGGAUUUAUUUAUUUAUUGUUGGUUGUAAUGUGGAAAAGAUAUUUCUGUUGGUGUUAUUUGGUGAUUCUGAAUAAUGGGAUCUGUUAAAUUACGCGUGGGAGUGAUUGAUGACAGAUGGGUAUGAGUUGGUUCAUGAGAAAGGGGGUGUUUUGAUCUUAUUUGUAGUGACUGAGGAUCAGUCUUUUACUCUUUGUUUGAUUUCCUGUAUUGCAAUCUGUUCAACUAAAUUUUGGUUCAAGAAUUUGCGCACAGAAGAAUUUUGAGGUGGGUUUAAUGAACUUGGCAGCGGUUUGUUCCAGUUUCUACUGUACUAUUUAUUCAUUCUUGGAUUGGAAUGGAGCAUUGCAAGCUACUUUGAUCUGGUGAAAGAUUGCGGUGUGUGCAUGAUUGUUUUUUAAAAGAAUUGUUUUUGAGGUGGAUUAGAGUGGUUUCAGUUAUGGUUUCUUAGAAUUUUUUAAAGUUCUAUUGUUGCUCUUGGUAGGAUUGUGUCUUCAUUUGGGAUGAAUUGGAUGUUAUCUAGUUUAUGGUUUGUCAAGAGUGUCAAAUGAACAUAACAUAAUGAGCGGGGGCAGUAGAAUUAUUCGUAGAUACGCCCCUAAUAAGACAUUUUCUGAGCUAGUUAGUUUACUAAAGUCAUGGCUCCCUUGGCGAUCAGAGCCUGCUAAUGUGUCAAGGGACUUUUGGAUGCCUGAUCAUAGCUGCAGGGUAUGCUAUGAUUGUGAUUCCCAGUUCACAUUGUUUAACCGUAGACACCAUUGUCGACUCUGUGGCCGAGUUUUCUGUGCCAAGUGUACAGCAAACUCAGUUCCUGCACCAUCUAAUGACACAAGGCUUCCCCAAGAAGAGCGGGAGAAGAUUAGGGUGUGUAAUUAUUGUUUCAAGCAAUGGGAGCAGAGCAUAACUACUAUUGAUGAUGAUGGAAUGCAAGUGCCCAACCAGGAACUUAGUUCUUCACCAUCGGCCACUAGUUUUAUCAGCACUAAAUCUAGUGGCACUGCUAACACCAGUAGUUUUACUUUUGGCUCAAUGCCAUAUCCAGCCGGACCGUACCAACGAGUUCAACAGAGGUCUAUUCUCAGCCCGCAUCAAUUGUCUGCAAUGAAUAAAAAGCUAAUGGAUAGGCCUGGCAAGAGAGCACCAGAGAGGAGCAAUGAUCUUGUUUUGGAUGCAGAAGAUCCAUCUUUGAACCAUUAUGGGUUUUCAUUGAACAGGAGUGAUGAUGAGGAUGAUGAGUACAGCUUAUACCUGUCUGAUUCUGAGACAAAGCAUUUCUGUCAAGAAAAUGGCUACUAUAGUCCUGUUGACUUUGAUGAGAUGAGCAACGAUGAUGGAUCACAUAAGUUUCAUCCUGAUAGCGAAAAUAGUGACUCAAAAAUUUUAAGCAGUUCUCCAAUAAACAAUGGUUUUCCUUCACCAGGCUUGGAAGGAAUAUCACAGCUUGUGAAGAAAGAUGAACGUGAAAUUGGUGAGGAAUGUGAAGCAUCAUCUUCUUUAUACGCUGCUGAGGAUCUAGACGCUGAGGCUGUAGAUUUUGAAAAUAAUGGACUUCUCUGGCUCCCUCCUGAACCAGAAGAUGAAGAAGAUGAGAGGGAAGCUGCUCUAUUUGAUGAUGAUGAUGAUGAUGGGAAUGCUACUGGAGAGUGGGGAUAUCUACGCAACUCAAGCAGCUUUGGAAGUGGGGAGUAUCGCACUAGGGAUAGGUCAAGUGAGGAGCACAAGAAAGCAAUGAAGAAUAUAGUUGAUGGACAUUUUAGGGCUUUGGUUGCUCAGCUUUUACAGGUUGAGAACCUUCCUGUGGGUGAUGAAAAUGAUGAAGAGAGUUGGUUGGAGAUUAUCACUGCUCUUUCAUGGGAGGCUGCUACACUCUUGAAGCCAGACACUAGCAAAGGGGGAGGUAUGGACCCUGGUGGAUAUGUUAAAGUGAAAUGCAUAGCUUCUGGACGUCGCUGUGAGAGUAUGGUUGUCAAAGGAGUUGUUUGCAAGAAAAAUGUUGCUCAUCGACGUAUGACUUCAAAAAUAGAGAAACCUCGGUUGUUGAUCCUUGGUGGAGCUCUUGAAUACCAGCGGGUCUCUAACCUAUUGUCAAGUUUUGAUACUUUGUUGCAGCAGGAAAUGGACCAUUUGAAGAUGGCAGUAGCAAAGAUACAUGCACAUCAACCCAAUAUCCUUCUGGUAGAGAAAUCAGUUUCUCGAUUUGCCCAGGACUAUCUUCUCGAAAAAGACAUAUCACUUGUUCUCAAUAUCAAAAGGCCAUUGUUAGAACGCAUUGCACGCUGCACAGGUGCUCAAAUAAUCCCUUCAAUUGAUCAUCUCUCUUCUCAGAAGCUGGGUUACUGUGAAAAGAUUCAUGUUGAGAGGUUCAUGGAAGAUCUUGGCUCUGCUGGACAAGGAGGGAAGAAAUUGUUCAAGACAUUAAUGUACUUUGAAGGCUGCCCAAAGCCAUUGGGUUGCACUAUAUUACUCAGAGGUGCAAAUGGAGAUGAGUUGAAGAAAGUGAAGCAUGUGGUCCAAUAUGGAAUUUUUGCAGCUUAUCACUUGGCUUUGGAGACAUCGUUUCUUGCUGAUGAAGGAGCUUCUCUGCCAGAAUUCCCUUUGAACUCUCCCAUUACUGUGGCACUUCUGGAUAAACCAUCAAGCAUUGCGAGGUCCAUAUCAACAGUUCCUGGUUUUCUGCUUCCUGCCAAUAAAAAGUCCCAGGAACCUGAGCAUAGUAGUGAACUGCAAAGAGCUAACAGUAGUCUCACUUUAUAUCUGUCAUCAUCAAUCAUGAGUCAUAAUAUUCAGAAGAUAGAAGAAACUCCACCAUCUUGUUUACCUAAUGGUACAAGCUUGUGGUCUGCACAACCCAAUUUUAUAGAGUCAACUGCCCAUUUAUCAUCUGCUUCUGAGAAAGUUCUUUCAGACACAUUUUCCAAGAGAAAUGAAAUGGGUCCCAAAGAAUCCUCAAUGGUGGAAGUUUUUAUAGACAAAAGUGAGUUGGCUGUCACAAAUAAUCAUCUCACUGUUAGUAAUGUUGGGUCAUUAGAAUCUUUGGGACAAUUUUCUAUGGUACAAAUUGACCAAGAAAAUCAGAGCGCACCAGUGGAAAUUCUGCCAGGUGGCUCAGAGGCAUCAUCUGUGCAACAAGAUAGUAAAAACCAUAAGAACCAUUCUGAGGAGCCAAAAGCAUUAAAAGAAGAAUUUCCUCCAUCACCUUCUGAUAAUCAGAGCAUUUUGGUUUCUUUAUCAUCCCGAUGCGUGUGGAAGGGGACUGUCUGCGAAAGAUCUCAUCUCUUUCGAAUCAAGUACUAUGGCAGUUUUGAUAAACCUUUGGGCCGGUUUUUACGGGAUCAUUUAUUCGAUCAGAGUUAUCGAUGCCAUUCUUGUGAUAUGCCUUCAGAAGCACAUGUUCACUGCUACACUCAUCGACAAGGAACCCUUACCAUAUCUGUUAAGAAGGUCCCAGAAAUUUUCUUACCUGGUGAAAGAGAGGGCAAGAUCUGGAUGUGGCACCGAUGCCUGCGAUGUCCUAGAACCAAUGGUUUUCCUCCAGCCACUCAGAGAAUAGUGAUGUCUGAUGCUGCUUGGGGUUUAUCUUUUGGGAAGUUUUUGGAGCUUAGUUUUUCAAACCAUGCAGCUGCAAGCAGGGUUGCCAGCUGUGGCCAUUCUUUACAUAGAGAUUGUCUUCGUUUCUAUGGAUUUGGGAGAAUGGUUGCUUGUUUUCGGUAUGCAUCAGUUGAUGUACAUUCAGUCUACCUUCCACCCCCAAAACUUGAUUUUGACUUUGAGAAUCAGGAGUGGAUACGAAAAGAAACAGAAAAGGUGGUUGACCGGGCAGAGCUUCUAUUUUCCGAAGUACUCAAUUCCCUAAGUCAAAUUUCAGGAAAAAAACUUGGCACAGGGGCACCUAAUAAUGUCACAAAAACACCUGAAUUGAGACAUCAAAUUACUGAACUUGAAGGAAUAUUACAGAAGGAGAAGCUGGAGUUUGAGGAAUCAUUGCAAAAGGCUUUGAAAAGGGAAGUGAGAAGAGGGCAACCGGUUAUUGACAUUCUUGAAAUUAAUCGGUUGCGGCGGCAAUUACUUUUCCAAUCUUAUAUGUGGGACCACCGCCUGGUUUUUGCAGCCAAUUUAGAAAAUUGUGGCCUCCAGGACAGUUUCAGCAAUUCAAUUUCAGGACAUGAGGAGAAAUCCCCCUCUGAGAGCGAGAAGUUCAAAGACAUGGAUAUGUUGGAACUUGGAAAAGGCUUUGAAUGCAAUGACUCUGCCAUUGUGGAAGCAAAGCUUGAUAGAGACUGUGACCAAAGAGAAUUAAAUGGCAACACUAAUCAGUCAGAUGCGAUUCAUCAAGGACCAGACAUGAGUGAAAAUUCAAAUCUUGGAAACAAAGACUAUGGUAACCUUUCUGCUAGCCAGAGCAUGUAUGACCGAUCUGACUCUGAGAAACCUGCGGCAAAUGUUCGCCGGGUCCUGUCUGAAGGCCAGUUUCCUAGUAUAGAAAAUUUGUCUGAUACCCUUGAUGCUGCUUGGACCGGUGAAAUUCAGCGAGCACCUGUAAUACCUAAGAAUACUUCAUGUUCACUUUCUGACUCUGCUGCUGCUGCAGAUAUUGCUGCCAUAGGUGCAGUAACAGAGGGGUUAGAUUUGGAAGACCAUUCUGAAGAAAAACUUGGGCUGAAGGUUCUUCAUUCUCUUUCACCUGCAUUGUCCGCUAAAGGUUCUGAAAAUAUGGACGAUUCUGUGAGCUGGUUAAGAAUGCCUUUCUUAAGUUUCUACCGUUCAUUGAACAAAAACUUUUUAGGAAGCGCUUCAAAGCUUGAUACGUUCAGUGAAUAUGAUCCAGUCUAUGUUUCAUCAUUUAGAGAGUCAGAACUGCAAGGUGGGGCUAGAUUGCUUUUGCCGGUGGGUGUUAAUGACACUGUUAUUCCAGUUUAUGAUGAUGAGCCUACGAGUAUGAUAUCAUAUGCUCUAGCAUCUCCUGAAUAUCAUUUCCAGCUAAGUGAUGAUGGGGAUAGACCUAAAGACAGUGGGGAUUUAAUGGCUUCAGUUCCCUUAUCUGAUUCAAUGAAUUCUCAAUUGUUACAUUCUGUUGAUGAGAUGACCCUUGAUUCUCAUAGAAGUCUUGGUUCAACAGAUGACAUUACUGGAUCUCGCAGCUCCCUGAUUAUGGACCCACUCUCCUGUACAAAGGCUUUGCAUGUCAGGGUGUCUUUUGGAGAUGAUGGGUCAUUUGAUAAAGUGAAAUACACUGUGACUUGCUACUUUGCAAAGCGGUUUGAAGCACUAAGGAGAAUAUGUUGCCCAUCAGAGUUAGAUUAUAUAAGGUCUCUGAGUCGUUGUAAGAAGUGGGGAGCUCAGGGUGGCAAGAGCAAUGUUUUCUUUGCAAAGACCUUGGAUGAUCGUUUUAUCGUUAAACAAGUCACAAAGACAGAGUUGGAAUCGUUUAUAAAAUUCGCACCUGGGUAUUUCAAGUACUUGUCCGAAUCAAUCAGUUCUGGAAGUCCAACGUGCCUGGCAAAGAUUCUCGGCAUUUAUCAGGUUGCGGCAAAGCAUCUUAAAGGUGGGAAAGAAUCAAGGAUGGAUGUUUUGGUUAUGGAGAAUCUUAUGUUUAGAAGAAGUGUCACACGGCUAUAUGAUCUCAAAGGAUCUUCUAGAUCUCGUUAUAAUCCUGAUUCUAGUGGAAGCAACAAGGUUCUGCUAGAUCAGAACUUGAUUGAAUCAAUGCCAACUUGCCCUAUAUUUGUGAGUAAUAAGGCUAAGCGGUUGUUGGAAAGAGCAGUCUGGAAUGACACUGCUUUUCUUGCAUCAUGCGAUGUGAUGGAUUAUUCGUUACUGGUUGGAGUGGAUGAAGAGAAGCAUGAGUUAGUUCUUGGAAUCAUUGAUUUCAUGAGGCAGUAUACCUGGGACAAGCAUCUUGAAACUUGGGUAAAGGCUUCAGGCAUCCUUGGUGGGCCAAAGAACGAAUCACCAACUGUAAUUUCCCCAAAACAAUACAAGAAAAGGUUCAGGAAAGCAAUGACAACUUAUUUUCUAAUGAUCCCAGAUCAGUGGUCUCCUCCUAUCAUUUCAAGCAAAUCUCAGUCAGAUAUAGCUGAAGAGAAUGGACAAGGUGGGAGCUCAGUUAAGUGAUUCUGUGAGUCUGUGGUUGUAUAUUCAGAAAUAUAAUUUGGGAGUUAAACUCUCCCUAUCUGUUUUUCCUUGUUCAUAUGAUUCCGUUUUAUCAAUUCUUUUGGAGGGCAAUUUUUCUUUUACACAUCAAAAGAGAAAUUCAUGAUUAUUUGUUAGGAGAUGCAGAACAAGGCUGUUAAAGCCAUGAGAAUUUCUGUCAGAGGUCCAAUAUUUGAUGACCUCUGCAUGAAAUUUUUGUACAAAAUAUUUAUUCUUGUAUUUAGCAUUCCAUCAUGUACAUGUAUUCUAUGUCAACUCUUUUUCAUGUAUCACAGUGAAUUAGACUCCUA